AUGAUUUCUUCCUCCUUCCUGAUCUUUGCGCUGGGCGCCUUGCAGGCAAUGGCUGCCCCUGCAUCUGGUCGGGUAUCGAAGCAGGCACCGACUGUUCAUUUCUGCGGAGACAGUACCAUGGCCAAGGGCGGCUCCAAUUCUGGAAAAACUGAUGGCUGGGGCAACUACAUUGGCAAUUAUUUGACUACUACAGUGUCCAACCACGCCAUUGGCGGCCGAUCAGCCCGUUCGUACUGGGACGAGGGAAGAUUCCAAGCCGUGGCUGAUACUGUUCAGUCAGGUGACAUUGUUGUUAUUGAGUUUGGACACAAUGAUGGUGGUAGUCCUGAAAAGAACGACAAUGGUCGUUCUGACUGCCCUGGUGAUGGUACUGAAACCUGCACGUCGAGUUCGACGGGCAAGACGGUAUACACGUUUGUCUACUACGUGACCCAGGCGGCGAAGCUCAUGACUGCCAAGGGGGCAUCUGUGAUUCUUAGCUCUCAGACUCCCAACAACCAGUGGGAAACGGGCUCUUUCGAAGGAGGCGCGAGCCGCUUUGUAGCCUACACAAAGACAGCCGUCACUGCCCUCAACGAUGAGUCUGUUACAUAUGUGGAUCAUUUCCAGGCAGUCAGCAACAUGUAUAAGAAGCUUGGUGCUACCGCUGUCAAUGCCUUUUACCCCUCUGAUCACACCCAUACGAGCCCUGACGGUGCCGACGCGGCCGCCAAGGCCUUCGUACAGGCUAUCUACCAGUCUCUAAACGGUGAGACGAGCUUAAAAUCAUAUGUCAAGGAGCCCGUUACUCUUGUCUACUAA